AUGGAUAAGAGGAAGAAAGGAUCUAUCACAGAAUUAAGGCUUAUGGUGGUUGGUAGCAGUGGGCCUUCACAGUUCCAGUUAACGAAUGCCAUACUUGGGAGAGAGGAGUUUUCUAAGGAUAUCACAAGCAUUUCUGACAGCAGAAAGAAUAUUGGAGAGCUGGCAGGAAGAAGAGUGGCUGUGAUCAAUGCACCAAGUAUCUAUUACAAGGAUAUAUCUCAACCCAAAAGGAAGAUGGAGCUGAGAAGGUCUAAGUGCUUAUGUAAUCCUGGUCCACAUGCCUUUCUUGUUGCCUUUGACAUGGAUAAAAUCUCCCCAAAUGACAUGAGAGCUCACAAACUGAUAAGGAAACUCUAUGGAAGACACUGUUUGAGGCACUGCAUGGUCCUCCUGGCCUAUGAAGGAAAUAUGGAGGAAGCUGCCCUGGAAAACAGGGUGCAGAAGACUGACUGGCACCUGAGAGAGCUGAUUGAGAAGUACGGUGGACGCUUUCAUGUUUUCAGCAAGAACUGGAGAGAUCGCAGCCGGGACCAAGAGCUGCUACAGAAGAUAGAACGGAUGGUGGCCUCCUUAGGAGGGGGCUACUUCUCCAGCAGAAGUUUCCAGAAGGCAGAGGACAGCGUGAAGAGGGAGGAAAAGAAGCUUCGGAAGCAGAGGGCAGCAGAGAUAGAGAAGGCAUGGACUGAUAUGGAGAAGCAAUACAUAGCGGAGGAGCUGUAUCACCAGAAGGAUGUCUACACCACCAGUGUCGGUGCAGAGAUCAGAACCAAGGCGGAGAUGGACAAUGGGUGGCUCAGAACGUCCCUGGCCAGAGGACUGGGGACUGGUCUUGUUGUGGGAGCUGUCGUGGGUGCACUGUUUGGGUCCAUAGAGGGGCCAGGGGGGAUGGUUCUUUAUGGGAUCAUAGGUGGUGCAGUAGGUGGAUCGGCAGGAGGAACAGCCCAGGUAGCUAUAAAGCACAUGGAGAACAGAGUGGCGCCUCUUGCCAGACUUAACUUUAACUCAAUUUUCAUCAAUCGCUUCUUUGCAGCUCCACGUCCAUGA